AUGGCCUUGACAUUCCUAGUAAACACAUUACUCCUAGCCAUCCCACUUGGAGGCUCCGUCGGUACUCUGGUGGGCAUCGAUGCUCAUCGCGCGGCGACCGGCCAAAAGGGACUAUUCGCCGGUGACAGCGACUCUAAUGGUGGCACCGGCAGUUCAGGAGGUUCAGGAGGUUCAGACAGCACAGGCGGCGGAUCAGGAAGCAACAACACCAUAUCAGAUAACCAUACGAAAAAUUCGCAAUACUGUCAAUCCUCCUAUGGUAUCACUCCGCCCACCCAAGGCGAACAAUUCACGCUCAAUCCCAACCAAUGGGGUGUUACAGAUACCACAUCAGGCUGGCUGUGUAUGAACGUCACAACUUUCAACAAUGAAACCUAUGCGACAAAAACUACCACACCCGACUGGUCGGUAACCUGGCAAUUCGAUCCAGGUCCGCAGACCCAGCCUGUCCACGCUUUCCCCAAUAUCCAAGUCGAAGAUGUCCUCCCCAUCGUCCUAAACGGAGUGGAUUCCAUCGACUUCGACCUCGCCUACACCUACGGCGUAGGCAAAACUGUCGCCACCACAAUGGACGAAUCAGCCCUUACCGCCCAAUCCCUCCAAGCCAACGUCGCCGUGGAUAUGUUCUUUGAUAGCGAUAAGGAAACAUCCCAGAACAGUACUGCCGCAAGCCUCGAGGUCAUGGUCUGGUUUGCGCGGUUUGGCGCCUCUUCAGAUCCAAUUGGUUACCCCCGACGUCGUCACCAACCGCACGGUCGGUGUGAACUGUACAAGGGCCCGCGCACUUCAGGUUCAUCCCUUUACACCUUGACAUGGGUUGCGACAGAGAAUACAGCCUCUUUCAACGGCGAUCUCUAUCCUCUCAUCAAAGAUCUGUAUUCUAUGUCUGGUUCCCAUUACCCUAACGACACCGAUUACAUGGGAAUCUUCCAAUUCGGAUCUGAGGCAUACUCGUCCGACUCCAACGUCACAUUUGCCGUUUCGGAAUUGUCGAUCGAUAUCAGCAAGUCAUAA